GUCAAGCGAAAGUCGUAUACUAAAACGGGAGGUUCAAAAGGAGCCUGAAAAUGGUCCGAUGCGAAACUUACAAGCUCGAGAGGCGCCCGACAAAAUCCAGACGGAACCGGAGAUCGACAAUUUGGAACCCACGAAAGGGGCUCUUCUGGAACCGUGGGCGCGGCGACUACAGCCCGAGAUUUCAAGUUGGACCCCGCAUGAUCAGUCAGCAACCGAUUCGGCGAUCAAAUUGACAGAGCGAAUUGAUGUUCCUUUGAAGAUUGAACCCUACGACUUUCUGAAGAAACGUGAAACUCCCGAUCCUACGCGACCCAACGAAGUCACAAUCAAGGGACAAGAAGUUCGACUGGAGCCCGAACAAAACCAAGCGAAAUCAGCCGUCCUCGGUUCGAAUCCCGGAGCGGUGCAUGAUCUGCAGCCUCGCGGACUGAAGCGUCAUCAGUACGACCCGAUACCCGUGACCUUCCACGUACCCAAUCCGAUGCCCCUGCUAGACGAGUACGGCCCGGGGGUCAAACAAUUUGUCAGUGACGUCAACAGUGGGAUGGAGAAUGUUCUAAGAUACAGGCCUGUCGUGAAUAGGCGCCCUCACGCAGGAAAUCUCGCCUACUUGGGUUAUUUAUCCAAGCAAUAUAUUAAGAAACGCGUACUUCGCAGGAAAGCAUCGAACAAUUACGACCCUAGGAAAUACGGGGUUGCAUCGCCGUUUGACACCCUCGCUGAGAAUGGUCAGUCUGGUCGUCACGAUAAGUACCAGGCUCCUCCGCCACCAGCAACCUCUCGUCAUGCUAGAGACACUCGAUCGCGAAGUGAUUAUUCCUCCUCUUCUUCUUCCCGUGGCUAGGUUAUAAUCAAAAGCCCGUAUCAGACGUUCAAAGUAGAGGCUUCAAAGAGACUCACCGAUUCAUACACGAUACUCACCGAACUGAAUUUAUAAUUUUCUGAAGUGAGCGUCAGAUUUAACAAGGGUUUUUAUAAAGAAACGUGUAUCUUGAGUAUCAGUUUUAAUUCUGUUUUGUGACUCAUUGUCCGUGUAAAAUUUUAUUCAAUUUUAUUUCACAGUACCUAAAAAAGGUAGUUAUCAUUUUUAUAAAAGUCUAAUUAUACUUUCGCUAGUAAAUAUAUUUCUUUUCAUGUA